AUGGAAUACUCGCAAGAGCAAUUAAACUACUUCAGACUCUGCUACAUAGCAUUUGAUUUGGUUCCAGUGCGACUGCGGCACAUUUUCAAAAACGAAUGGGAUUUCCUUUAUAAAGCAACGUUAACUGGAGAAUGGAAAGACACGGCACAAAAUGGACAUGAUUUUUACAACAAAGAAUCUAAAGCAAGUCGCAAGAAAAACGCCCGAACUCUGGCAAUAAUCUACAAUGGUGACAUGGCAGAGUGGGACUGUACCUGUUUGUUUUUUGCCAUUCUGUACUCGGACAGCAUUGGUAAAACCUUAAGCCCAGCUGUCCGUAAAGAGGUCGAUGAUAUUCGUCAGGUGCGAAACGAGAUCGCUCAUAUCACCGAGGCUAAGUUGACGGAUGCCGACUUCCAAGCUUCUGUAGACAGAGUGUUGAAAGCUUUUACAUCCCUUGGUCUGGCUAUAACUGAGAUUCAAGAAAUAAAGAACCAGAAGACCUUUCCGACGAAGGAAGUGGAAAAAAUAAGGAAGCAAGUUCGUGAUCUCCAAGCCGAGUUAGAUCAGACAAAAAGUAAUCUUCAAAGUACCGAAGCUGCCCUGGUUUCUCUCACACAGGAAAUAAAUGUGGAACUUCAGCCAUUUUGCAUUCUCGCAUCGUGCCCACCACACGAUACUAUCAGGCGCUCGCAUGAUAUUGAAAGAAUCACUAACGAAAUGCAGGAACUUUACAAAAGUUCAAGCCGGGCAGUCAGUACAGUGUAUUUGUCAGGAAAUCCAGGAUGUGGCAAGAGCCAACUUGCCCGGGAAAUCGGACAACAGUUCUUUUCUAAACAAAACAAUGAUCUUAUCUUUGUGGCGACACUGAACACAGAAAGCAUUGACAAACUUGCUGACUCUUACCUCACCCUUGGGAGACACUUAGGAAUAACAGAAUACGCGUUGAAAGGCUUAGAAUCUAUAAAAGAACAGAAACCUAUUGAAGCAAUUAAACAGCUCCAUCGCUUGAUUUUGCCGAAGACAAGCAAGUUUACCAGAUGGUUGAUAAUAGCAGACAAUGUAAUUGAUUUACGCUUAGUCCGCGACUUGCUUCCUCAAACUGGCAGUAAAGAAUGGGGCCAUGGGCAAGUGCUGAUUACCACUCAAGAUAGUGGUACAAUUCCUCAAAACGCUCCUCACACGUAUCAUGAAUCGUUAAGCAAAGGAAUGAGGCGGGACGAGGCAGUGGAAUUGCUGGAAACAGUAUCGCGAAUUUCCGAGCGAGUACAAGCAGAAAAUGUCGCUGAACUUCUCGAUUUUCAGCCACUGGCCUUAGCUGCUGCUGCUUAUUUCGUGCAAACUGUUGUGACCAGUGGGUCUUCAAAUUAUAACUGGAAAGCAUACCUUCAAGACAUAUCAACAUGCAGCCAGCGAAAAUCGGCCGAAACUGUCCUUGCUAAUGAGAGUUCAGCCUACGCUAAAACAACAAUGGCCGCAGUAGAAAUGGCUAUCCAAAGAGCUGUUGAAACAGACGAGGUUCUUCUUCAUACAUAUUCUUUUCUUUCGCUCUGUGCUAACGACGACCUACCACUCGAAACUGUUUUAAAGUUCGUCAAAGCCCAAGUAAAGGACCAUCCAGAGGUUUUAAUGAACGCAAACAUUGUAAGGUCCUCUUUAACUCUUGUUCAUUCCGAGGAAGGGGGUGAACGAACUUAUUUACGUUUACAUAAAAUUGUGCAUGACGCUUUGAAACGAGGCGAGAUAAUGAAAUCAUGCCGGGAGAGUGAUCACACCAUGGCAGAAGCGGUAAAGGUUUUCAACUCCCAACUUGAAGAAAAUUACGAGAAUUAUGCGUUUUGUAGGAAAUUGAGGCCCCACUGUGAAUCUUUACUUAAGAAGAUGACAUUAGACUUUACUUCGGAUGAAAGCACUUUUUCAAAAAGGUUUGCGCUCUUCAUAGAUCUGUAUACAGUUAUUGAUUGGCUCCAUAAUCUCGCCAACCUCUGUCAAAACAGCUGCUAUUUCUUCUUUGCGAAAAUUGUGGUCAACUUAGCACAUGACCUAUUGCGGAACUUAGACGACACUUCAACGGGUGCGUUUGCUCGUAAAGGGAGGGUUCUGAAUGUGACUGGCGAAGUGUAUCACAGGCUGGGAGAAUACAAUCAAGCCAAAGAACUCCACGAAAAAGCACUGAUAAUUCGCAAAAAGAUUUUUGGUGAAGAUCAUGCCGAUGUAGCAACAAGUUAUGACAACUUGGCAUUAGUGUACGAACGCCUGGGAGAAUACAAUCAAGCCAAAGAACUUCAGGACAAAGCACUGAUCAUUCGCAAAAAGAUUUUCGGUGAAGAUCAUGCCGAUGUAGCAACAAGUUACAACAACUUGGCAUUAGUGUAUGAAAGCCUGGGAGAAUACAAUCAAGCCAAAGAACUUCACGUAAAAGCACUGACUAUUUACAAAAAGAUUUUUGGGGACGAUCAUGCCGCUGUAGCAACAAGUUACAACAACUUGGCAUCAGUGUAUGAACGCCUGGAAGAAUACAAUCAAGCCAAAGAACUUCACGAAAAAGCACUGAUAAUUCGCAAAACGAUUUUCGGUGAAGAUCAUGCCGAUGUAGCAACAAGUUACAACAACUUGGCAUUAGUGUAUGAAAGCCUGGGAGAAUACAAUCAAGCCAAAGAACUUCACGAAAAAGCACUGACUAUUACAAAAAAGAUUUUUGGUAAAGAUCAUGCCGCUGUAGCAACAAGUUACAACAACUUGGCAUCAGUGUAUGAACGCCUGGGAGAAUACAAUCAAGCCAAAGAACUUCAGGAAAAAGCACUGACUAUUAAAAAAAAGAUUUUUGGUAAAGAUCAUGCCGCUGUAGCAACAAGUUACAACAACUUGGCAUUAGUGUAUGAAAGCCUGGGAGAAUACAAUCAAGCCAAAGAACUUCACGAAAAAGCACUGACUAUUACAAAAAAGAUUUUUGCUAAAGAUCAUGCCGCUGUAGCAACAAGUUACAACAACUUGGCAUUAGUGUAUAAACGCCUGGGAGAAUACAAUCAAGCCAAAGAACUUCACGAAAAAGCACUGAUAAUUCGCAAAAAGAUUUCCGGUGAAGAUCAUGCCGAUGUAGCAACAAGUUACAACAACUUGGCAUUAGUGUAUAAACGCCUGGGAGAAUACAAUCAAGCCAAAGAACUCCACGAAAAAGCACUGAUAAUUCGCAAAAAGAUUUUUGGUGAAGAUCAUGCCGAUGUAGCAACAAGUUACAACAACUUGGCAUUAGUGUAUAAACGCCUGGGAGAAUACAAUCAAGCCAAAGAACUUCACGAAAAAGCACUGAUAAUUCGCAAAAAGAUUUUCGGUGAAGAUCAUGCCGAUGUAGCAACAAGUUACGACAACUUGGCAUUAGUGUAUGAAAGCCUGGGAGAAUACAAUCAAGCCAAAGAACUUCACGAAAAGGCACUGACUAUUAAAAAAAAGAUUUUUGGUAAAGAUCAUGCCGCUGUAGCAACAAGUUAAAACAACUUGGCAUCAGUGUAUGAACGCCUGGGAGAAUACAAUCAAGCCAAAGAACUUCACGAAAAAGCACUGACUAUUCAAAAAAAGAUUUUUGGUGAAGAUCAUGCCGCUGUAGCAACAAGUUACAACAACUUGGCAUCAGUGUAUGAACGCCUGGGAGAAUACAAUCAAGCCAAAGAACUUCACGAAAAAGCACUGAUAAUUCGCAAAAAGAUUUUUUGUGAAGAUCAUGCCGCUGUAGCAACAAGUUACAACAACUUGGCAGUAGUGUAUAAACGCCUGGGAGAAUACAAUCAAGCCAAAGAACUCCACGAAAAAGCACUGAUAAUUCGCAAAAAGAUUUUUGGUGAAGAUCAUGCCGAUGUAGCAACAAGUUACAACAACUUGGCAUUAGUGUAUAAACGCCUGGGAGAAUACAAUCAAGCCAAAGAACUUCACGAAAAAGCACUGAUAAUUCGCAAAAAGAUUUUCGGUGAAGAUCAUGCCGAUGUAGCAACAAGUUACAACAACUUGGCAUUAGUGUAUGAAAGCCUGGGAGAAUACAAUCAAGCCAAAGAACUUCACGAAAAAGCACUGACUAUUAAAAAAAAGAUUUUUGGUAAAGAUCAUGCCGCUGUAGCAACAAGUUAAAACAACUUGCAAUCAGUGUAUCAACGCCUGGGAGAAUACAAUCAAGCCAAAGAACUUCACGAAAAAGCACUGACUAUUCAAAAAAAGAUUUUUGGUGAAGAUCAUGCUGCUGUAGCAACAAGUUACAACAACUUGGCAUCAGUGUAUGAACGCCUGGGAGAAUACAAUCAAGCCAAAGAACUUCACGAAAAAGCACUGAUAAUUCGCAAAAAGAUUUUUUGCGAAGAUCAUGCCGCCGUAGCAACAAGUUACAACAACUUGGCAGUAGUGUAUAAACGCCUAAGAGAAUAAAAUCAAGCCAAAGAACUCCACGACAAAGCACUGAUAAUUCGCAAAAAGAUUUUUGGUGAAGAUCAUGCCGAUGUAGCAACAAGUUACAACAACUUGGCAUUAGUGUAUGAAAGCCUGGGAGAAUACAAUCAAGCCAAAGAACUUCACGAAAAGGCACUGACUAUUAAAAAAAAGAUUUUUGGUAAAGAUCAUGCCGCUGUAGCAACAAGUUAAAACAACUUGGCAUCAGUGUAUGAACGCCUGGGAGAAUACAAUCAAGCCAAAGAACUUCAGGAAAAAGCACUGACUAUUCAAAAAAAGAUUUUUGGUGAAGAUCAUGCCGCUGUAGCAACAAGUUACAACAACUUGGCAUCAGUGUAUGAACGCCUGGGAGAAUACAAUCAAGCCAAAGAACUUCACGAAAAAGCACUGAUAAUUCGCAAAAAGAUUUUUUUUGAAGAUCAUGCCGCUGUAGCAAGAAGUUACAACAACUUGGCAGUAGUGUAUAAACGCCUGGGAGAAUACAAUCAAGCCAAAGAACUCCACGAAAAAGCACUGAUAAUUCGCAAAAAGAUUUUUUGUGAAGAUCAUGCCGCUGUAGGAACAAGUUACAACAACUUGGCAGUAGUGUAUGAACGCCUGGGAGAAUACAAUCAAGCCAAAGAACUUCACGAAAAAGCACUGAUAAUUCGCUAAAAAAGAUUUUCGGUGAAGAUCAUGCCGAUGUAGCAACAAGUUACAACAACUUGGCAUUAGUGUAUGAAAGCCUGGGAGAAUACAAUCAAGCCAAAGAACUUCACGAAAAGCACUGACUAUUAAAAAAGAUUUUUGGUAAAGAUCAUGCCGCUGUAGCAACAAGUUAAAACAACUUGCAAUCAGUGUAUCAACGCCUGGGAGAAUACAAUCAAGCCAAAGAACUUCACGAAAAAGCACUGACUAUUCAAAAAAAGAUUUUUGGUGAAGAUCAUGCUGCUGUAGCAACAAGUUACAACAACUUGGCAUCAGUGUAUGAACGCCUGGGAGAAUACAAUCAAGCCAAAGAACUUCACGAAAAAGCACUGAUAAUUCGCAAAAAGAUUUUUUGCGAAGAUCAUGCCGCCGUAGCAACAAGUUACAACAACUUGGCAGUAGUGUAUAAACGCCCAAGAGAAUAAAAUCAAGCCAAAGAACUCCACGACAAAGCACUGAUAAUUCGCAAAAAGAUUUUUGGUGAAGAUCAUGCCGAUGUAGCAGCAAGUUACAACAACUUGGCAUUAGUGUAUAAAAGCCUGGGAGAAUACAAUCAAGCCAAAGAACUUCACGAAAAAGCACUGAAUAUUUACAAAAAGAUUUUUGGGGAAGAUCAUGCCGCUGUAGCAACAAGUUACAACAACUUGGCAUUACUGUAUGAAAGCCUGGGAGAAUACAAUCAAGCCAAAGAACUUCACGAAAAAGCACUGAUAAUUCGCAAAAAGAUUUUCGGUGAAGAUCAUGCCCCUGUAGCAACAAGUUAAACCAACUUGGCAUCAGUGUAUGAACGCCUGGGAGAAUACAAUCAAGCCAAAGAACUUCACGAAAAAGCACUGAUAAUUCGCAAAACGAUUUUCGGUGAAGAUCAUGCCGAUGUAGCAACAAGUUACAACAACUUGGCAUUAGUGUAUGAAAGCCUGGGAGAAUACAUUCAAGCCAAAGAACUUCACGAAAAAGCGCUGACUAUUAAAAAAAAGAUUUUUGGAAAAAAACAUGCCGCUGUAGCAACAAGUUACAACAACUUGGCAUCAGUGUAUGAACGCCUGGGAGAAUACAAUCAAGCCAAAGAACUUCACGAAAAAGCACUGACUAUUCAAAAAAAAGAUUUUUGGGGAAGAUCAUGCCGCUGUAGCAACAAGUUACAACAACUUGGCAUCAGUGUAUGAACGCCUGGGAGAAUACAAUCAAGCCAAAGAACUUCACGAAAAAGCACUGAUAAUUCGCAAAACGAUUUUCGGUGAAGAUCAUGCCGAUGUAGCAACAAGUUACAACAACUUGGCAUUAGUGUAUGAAAGCCUGGGAGAAUACAAUCAAGCCAAAGAACUUCACGAAAAAGCACUGACUAUUAAAAAAAAGAUUUUUGGAAAAAAACAUGCCGCUGUAGCAACAAGUUAUGACAACUUGGCAUCAGUGUAUGAACGCCUGGGAGAAUACAAUCAAGCAAAAGAACUUCACGAAAAAGCACUGACUAUUCAAAAAAAGAUUUUUGGUGAAGAUCAUGCCGCUGUAGCAACAAGUUACAACAACUUGGCAUCAGUGUAUGAAAGCCUGGGAGAAUACAAUCAAGCCAAAGAACUUCACGAAAAAGCACUCAUAAUUCGCAAAAAGAUUUUUGGUGAAGAUCAUGCCGAUGUAGCAACAAGUUAUGACAACUUGGCAUUAGUGUACGAACGCCUGGGAGAAUACAAUCAAGCCAAAGAACUUCACGAAAAAGCACUGAUAAUUCGCAAAAAGAUUUUCGGUGAAGAUCAUGCCGCUGUAGCAACAAGUUACAACAACUUGGCAGUAGUGUAUAAACGCCUGGGAGAAUACAAUCAAGCCAAAGAACUCCACGAAAAAGCACUGAUAAUUCGCAAAAAGAUUUUUGUUGAAGAUCAUGCCGCUGUAGCAACAAGUUACAACAACUUGGCAUUAGUGUAUGAACGCCUGGGAGAAUACAAUCAAGCCAAAGAACUUCACGUAAAAGCACUGAUAAUUCGCAAAAAGAUUUUCGGUGAAGAUCAUGCCGAUGUAGCAACAAGUUACAACAACUUGGCAUUAGUGUAUCAAAGCCUGGGAGAAUACAAUCAAGCCAUAGAACUUCAUGAAAAAGCGCUGACUAUUAAAAAAAAGAUUUUUGGUAAAGAUCAUGCCGCUGUAGCAACAAGUUACAACAACUUGGCAUCAGUGUAUGAACGCCUGGGAGAAUACAAUCAAGCCAAAGAACUUCACGAAAAAGCACUGACUAUUCAAAAAAAAGAUUUUUCGUGAAGACCAUGCCGCUGUAGCAACAAGUUACAACAACUUGGCAUCAGUGUAUGAACGCCUGCGAGAAUACAAUCAAGCCAAAGAACUUCACGAAAAAGCACUGAUAAUUCGCAAAAAGAUUUUUGGUGAAGAUCAUGCCGAUGUAGCAACAAGUUAUGACAACUUGGCAUUAGUGUACGAACGCCUUGGAGAAUACAAUCAAGCCAAAGACCUUCACGAAAAAGCACUGAUAAUUCGCAAAAAGAUUUUUUGUGAAAAUCAUGCCGCUGUAGCAACAAGUUACAACAACUUGGCAGUAGUGUAUAAACGCCUGGGAGAAUACAAUCAAGCCAAAGAACUCCACGAAAAAGCACUGAUAAUUCGCAAAAAGAUUUUUGUUGAAGAUCAUGCCGCUGUAGCAACAAGUUACAACAACUUGGCAUCGGUGUAUGAACGCCUGGGAGAAUACAAUCAAGCCAAAGAACUUCACGAAAAAGCACUGAUAAUUCGCAAAAAGAUUUUCGGUGAAGAUCAUGCCGAUGUAGCAACAAGUUACAACAACUUGGCAUCAGUGUAUGAACGCCUGGGAGAAUACAAUCAAGCCAAAAAACUUCACGAAAAAGCACUGACUAUUCAAAAAAAGAUUUUUGGUGAAGAUCAUGCCGCUGUAGCAACACGUUACAACAACUUGGCAUCAGUGUAUGAACGUCUGGGAGAAUACAAUCAAGCCAAAGAACUUCACGAAAAAGCACUGAUAAUUCGCAAAAAGAUUUUUGGUGAAGAUCAUGCCGCUGUAGCAACAAGUUACAACAACUUGGCAUUAGUGUAUGAACGCCUGGGAGAAUACAAUCAAGCCAAAGAACUUCACGAAAAAGCACUGAUAAUUCGCAAAAAGAUUUUCGGUGAAGAUCAUGCCGCUGUAGCAACAAGUUACAACAACUUGGCAUGAGUGUAUGAAAGCCUGGAAGAAUACAAUCAAGCCAAAGAACUUCACGAAAAAGCACUGACUAUUUACAAAAAGAUUUUUGGUGAAGAUCAUGCCGCUGUAGCAACAAGUUACAACAACUUGGCGUCAGUGUAUGAACGCCUGGGAGAAUACAAUCAAGGCAAAGAACUUCACGAAAAAGCACUGAUAAUUCGCAAAAAGAUUUUUGGUGAAGAUCAUGCCGAUGUAGCAACAAGUUAUGACAACUUGGCAUUAGUGUACGAACGCCUGGGAGAAUACAAUCAAGCCAAAGAACUUCACGAAAAAGCACUGAUAAUUCGCAAAAAGAUUUUCGGUGAAGAUCAUGGCGAUGUAGCAACAAGUUACAACAACUUGGCAUUAGUGUAUGAAAGCCUGGGAGAAUACAAUCAAGCCAUAGAACUUCACGAAAAAGCACUGACUAUUUACAAAAAGAUUUUUGGUGAAGAUCAUGCCGCUGUAGCAACAAGUUACAACAACUUGGCAUUAGUGUAUAAACGCCUGGGAGAAUACAAUCAAGCCAAAGAACUUCACGAAAAAGCACUGAUAAUUCGCAAAAAGAUUUUUGGUGAAGAUCAUGCCGAUGUAGCAACAAGUUAUGACAACUUGGCAUUAGUGUACGAACGCCUGGGA